CCCUCGCUCCUCAACGUGCGUCACUCACAUUCUGCUCCGUCACGAGUGAUGUGGACAGACGCGACAUGAUCGCAGGGCAUGCUGGCCAAGAAUCCUGAACCUGCCCUCCCGUCAACAGCACGACACCCAUCCGUCCAUUUCUCCAUCGGGCUUCUGACUUGACGCCACCAUGGUUUUCAACGCAGGCACCUUGCAACGUACGUUGGCGAGAGCUCUAGGGAUCGAGCUCAAGAAUCCGGGUAGCACGCGUUGCGAUGAAGAAGUCUGCGACGAGCCGUUGCUUGCACAGCAUGCAAGUGAGCCCUUUUUCGAAAGCUCGCCAACCACGGCGGAGUGGGUGAAAGGCCAGGUGCCAUCUCUUGACGAGACACUCAAGUACGCACGAUCACUGCUGCCAUGCCUGUCUUGGGUCGGUCAUUACAAUCUGCAGUGGCUCGCCUCUGACCUGAUUGCGGGAGUUACAGUCGGGGCGGUCGUCGUUCCGCAGGGCAUGGCGUACUCCAUGCUAGCCAAACUCGAUCCGCAGUAUGGCCUGUACUCGUCCUUUGUGGGCGUUAUGCUGUACUGGAUCUUUGGCACGUCCAAAGACAUAUCCAUCGGCCCUGUGGCCGUGCUGUCGACGCUCGUUGGCAACGUCGUCGACGCAGUACAUGCAUCUGGACUCGACACGCCGGCACACACCAUAGCCGCGGCGCUCUCCAUUGUCUCGGGGCUGAUUGUCCUAGCAAUUGGGCUGCUCCGAUGGGGAUGGAUAGUGGAUUUGAUAUCGAUUACCUGUCUGUCUGCCUUUAUGACCGGAUCCGCUGUGACCAUCGCAGCAAGUCAACUCCCGGCUCUACUCGGCGUAAAGGGGUUCUCCAACCGCGAUCCCCCCUACGAGGUGAUCAUCAACACCUUGGCACACUUGUCCGAGGCCAAGAUUGAUGCCGCAAUGGGCUUGUCAGCACUCUGUGCGCUCUACUUGGUUCGCAAUGGGCUGAGCAAGGCCGCCGUCCGUUUUCCGAAGAGAAGACAUCUGAUCUUCUUCAUCAACACCAUGAGGACCGUUUCUGUAAUCAUACUCUACACUUUCAUCAGCUUUGUCGUGAACCGGGAGAGAAGGGAAGACCCAGCUUUCGAGGUCUUGGGCAACGUCCCUCAAGGCUUUCGAAAAGUCGGCAGUCCGAUGAUCAAUGCCGAUCUUGUUCGCCGUUUCUCGUCAUAUCUACCCGCAACGGUCAUUGUCAUGCUCGUUGAGCACAUUGCUAUUGGCAAGUCGUUCGGCCGAGUGAACAAUUAUUCAAUCGACCCGUCCCAAGAGAUGGUUGCCAUCGGAAUCACCAACAUUAUCGGACCCUUUCUGGGUGGUUAUCCUUCAACUGGGUCUUUCAGCCGAACUGCCAUCAAGUCGAAGGCUGGCGUACGCACGCCUGCCGCCGGGCUAUUUACUGGCACCGUCGUCUUACUGGCCACGUACUUCCUCACCGGCAUCUUCUUUUAUAUUCCGAGUGCCGUCCUCGCAGCUGUGAUCAUCCAUGCUGUGGGAGACCUCAUCACUCCGCCCAAAACGGUCUUCCACUUCUGGAGUGUCUCCCCUGUGGACUGCAUCAUCUUCCUCAUAGGCGUCGUGGUGAGCGUCUUCUCACACAUCGAAGACGGCCUAUACGCCACGGUCGGCUGCUCUCUAGCGAUCCUGCUCUAUCGGAUCCUCAAAGCCCGUGGGCAGUUCCUGGGUAAGAUAAAGGUCCACUCCGUCAUAGGCGACCACGUCAUUCGAGACAAUCACCGUCAGGUGGCCGGGCAGUACGAAACAUUUGAGGAGGCAUCCACAGACGGGCCUGCGGGGCGAAAUGUAUACUUGCCCAUCGAUCACGGCGACGGAUCGAACCCCAGUGUGUCUCUGGGCAACCCUUACCCUGGCAUCUUCAUUUAUCGGUUUGCCGAGGGAUUCAACUAUCCAAACGCCAACUCGACCCUUGACUACCUCGCCGACUACAUUCAUGCGCGUACUCGUCGUACGAGCGUCGAAACUUUUGAGCGUCCAGGCGAUCGGCCUUGGAACAAUCCCGGACCUCGAAAGUCCGCCAAAUCUCGACAAGAGCCGAGUGCUGAAGACGAACUCCCCACUCUCAAAGCCAUCGUCUUGGACUUCAGCUCCGUGAACCAUGUCGACAUCACUUCAGUACAACGUCUCAUUGACGUCAGAAAUCAACUCGACAUGUAUGCUUCGCCAGAUGUGGUCGACUGGCACAUUGCCUGUAUAAACAACCGAUGGACGAAGCGCGCUCUGGUUGCCGGUGGAUUCGGUGUACCAACAAGGCCAUCUGACGGCCUGCACCACCGGUGGAAAUCCAUCUUCAGCGUCGCGGAAAUCGGUGGCAAUUCGUCAGCAGCGGCGGUGGCAGAAAAUGACGCCAACGAACGUGAACUCAGACUUCAUCCAACUUUGUCCAGAGAUGAGGAGCUGGCUCCUGACCAGCCACUCCCUCAGGCGCCUGGAGAUGGUGCCGAUGGAGAAGAGAAGGAACCUUCACUGGGAUCGUCUUCGAAGAGGAAACGUAAGGGGGCAGUGAUGAGCGGCCUCGACAUGCCGAUGCUGCACAUCGAUUUGACGAGUGCAGUACAAAGCGCCAUUGCAAAUGCAGAGGCACGACAAGAACAACGUGGCUUGCUGGAAGCAGAUACUUUGUAAUUUUUCAAUCGAUUUGAGUGAAACACAGUCGUGGCAUUGAAUAUCUGGUAGGUUACAUGUCAGCAGCCUGGACUCUGGACUCCUGGAGAGCACUCGAUAGCACCUACUGGUUACAUGCCCACGUGACCUCGCGUUUAUUUUCGCGAUUCACUUAACGCGGUCACCACUGUAUACGUCACACAGCCUACC